AUGGCAAUGAACUUUGUGACCUUCAACCAAGACUACAGCUAUCUGGCUGUUGCGACCUCGAAGGGUUUUCGCAUAUUCACGACGGACCCUUUCGCGAAGAGUUAUGAGACGAAAGAGGGAAAUAUUGCCAUCAUCGAGAUGCUGUUCUCGACAUCUCUUGUUGCGCUCAUCCUCUCACCGCGUCGUCUUCAAAUCACUAAUACUAAGCGCCAAUCUACGAUAUGCGAAUUAACCUUCCCCACGACCGUGCUGGCGGUCAAAUUGAAUCGGAAACGUCUCGUGAUUGUCCUUGAAGAUCAGAUCUAUCUUUACGACAUUCAGACGAUGAAACUGCUCUACACCAUCCAGACGUCGCCCAACCCCAACGCGAUCUGCGCGCUAUCACCGUCCUCUGACAAUUGUUACCUCGCAUACCCUCUUCCACAAAAGGCGCCGCCUUCCUCGUUCAAUCCGCCGUCUCAUACUCCUCCGGGUAAUACUCAUGUAUCGCCGACAAGCGGAGAGGUUCUGAUAUUCGAUACCUUAAAGCUGGAGGCCAUAAAUGUCAUUGAAGCUCACCGAUCUCCGCUGGCUUGCAUCACGCUCAACAAUGAUGGCACUCUGCUCGCCACCGCUUCUGACAAGGGAACCAUAAUCCGCGUCUUCUCCGUUCCUGACGGUCACAAGCUAUACCAAUUCCGACGCGGUUCUAUGCCAUCGAGGAUCUUCAGCAUGUCGUUCAAUACCACAUCGACCCUGCUCUGCGUCUCCUCUUCUACAGAGACAAUACACCUUUUCAAGUUGAGCCAUCCAACGUCAUCUCCAGACGCCUCCCCUUCCUCUCCUGUGGGCCGUGACAGGUCGCUCAGUCAAAGCUCCUCUGGUUAUUCUCCUGACCGCGGCGACCUGACAGGAGACGUGGGUUCAUCAGAUUUCCCCGCCCGGAAACAUAAUGGAACUCUGAUGGGUAUGAUCAGACGGACCUCGCAAAAUGUUGGCAGUACUGUCGCUGCCAAGGUGGGAGGUUACCUUCCGAAAGGAGUCAGCGAAAUGUGGGAGCCGACCCGUGAUUUUGCUUGGUUCAAAUUGCCAAAGCCAAGCCAAACUUCUGGUGGCAGCGGGAACAAUGGCCCUCUCCGCAGCGUGGUAGCUAUGAGUAGCAACACACCCCAGGUCAUGGUGGUUACCAGCGAUGGUAACUUUUAUGUCUUCAGCAUCGAUCUCUCGAAAGGCGGCGAAGGUACGCUGACAAAACAGUACUCGGUGCUUGAGUCCAAUGACCGGCUGGGAUACUCUGUAACAGAUUACUGA